AUGAAGUUACUAACUGUUUUUGCUUGUUUAGCUACAGUGUUGGCUCAGACAAUAAGACCAACAAUUCCUUCUGAAGAUGAUUUCUAUAACGCUCCAUCUAACCUCACUUCCUAUGACGCUGGUGAUAUAAUUGACUUUAGACGGGCACCUAAUCAAGUGAGGUCUCUUUUUACUCCACUCAAAGUUGAAAAUGCAUGGCAACUACUUGUUAAGUCCCAGAAUGCUAGAGGCGAGCCAAUUGCCAUGGUAACAACGGUUUUGGUCCCUUACAACGCUGAUCCACUGAAACUUGUUUCUUACCAGUACGCUCAAGAUUCCGCUACCAUGGACUGUGCUCCUUCGUACUCAUUACUUUACCGUGGGGAAAUUGGAACAUUUGUGCAACAAGCUGAAACACUUCUUGUUCAAGCAUUACUCACGAAAGGAUGGUAUGUUGUGUUGCCUGAUUAUGAAGGUCCAGAUGGAGCUUUUACUUCCGGUUGGCAAGCAGGAUAUGCAACAGUAGAUUCUAUUAGAGCUGCCUUAAGCUCAAAAAGCAUUACUGGUAUCCUGCCAAACGCAGAUACAGCCUUGUGGGGCUUCUCUGGCGGAUCAUUUGCCUCGACUUGGGGAGCCUCAGUUCAGCCGGAAUAUGCACCCGAUCUUAAAGAAAACCUAGUUGGUGCUGCCUUGGGUGGAUGGGUAACAAACUGGACAGAUGUAAUUGCUGCAAGCGAUGGCACUACAUACGCUGGCUUGGUUCCUAACAUACUAAACGGUAUGAUCAAAAGCAAUCCAGACCUUAAGGAAGUUUUUGACGCAGAAUUCAAGGAAGACAGAAGGAAAGAGUUGUAUAGUCGAACCGAUGAUUGUGUUUUUACCUCGUUUAUCAAUUACUUGAAUCGUGAUAUCUUUGGCGGUGAUGAUCCUUGGACAGAAAAAGGUUGGGAUUUCUUUAAGAUUCCAGAGAUAAAGGAGGCUGUUUUGAACAACUCAAUUGGUGUGUUGAAAGAUACACCUCGUCCGGAGAUUCCUCUUUUCCUUUACCAUGGAACGCCUGACCAAAUCGUACCUUUCAAUGGAAGUCAAAAGGCUUAUGAAAAUUUCUGCGAAUGGGGUAUUGACAGUCUUGAAUUUGCUGUUUCAGAAACAUCAGGCCACCUCUUAGAAGCGACUGUUGGCAAUGGAGCAGCUUUAGCGUGGCUUGAGCGUAUGCUUAACGGUGAAGAGCCAGUGAAGGGAUGCAAUCGUACUGUAAGAUCCACCAACGUUCUUUAUCCUGGAGCUGACGUUCAGCUUUCGCAGGUAAUAAGCACGAUUCCAAGUUCAGCUAGAGGAAGCAAAAUUGGCGAAGAAACACCGAAUAAAACGGAUUCGUCACUUAUAACUCGUAUCUUUCAGCAAUCCCUCGGUGGUGUCUUGGGAUUAAUUGGACCGAUUCCUCUUAGGUAA